UGUUGCGCGCUCCUGUUCGGCUGUGCGCCGUCACGAGCUGAAGGUGUCAUGAAACGAAGAAAACUCACUAGUAGUGGGGAAGAACGCUAAUAAUAUCAGCGCGUAUGGCAACAAAGGAGACAUCGGAUUAAAAGCAAUUUCUUGCAAACAUGGCUAAGAACACAUCGCUUUAUUUUCGAAUAGUCGAGGGCAGGAAUCUCCCGGCCAAAGAUGUAUCUGGAACCAGUGAUCCUUACUGCAUCGUGAAAGUUGACAAUGAAGUUGUGGCCAGAACUGCCACUGUGUGGAAGAACCUUAAUCCUUUUUGGGGUGAAGAAUACACGCUUCACCUCCCAAUGGGGUUCCAUUCACUCUCGUUUCUUAUCAUGGAUGAGGACACGAUUGGGCAUGACGACGUUAUUGGAAAGAUUACAUUAAGCAAAGAAGCCAUUGGAUCUCAAGCUAAAGGGAUAGACAGCUGGCUGAACCUGACGACGGUCGACCCUGAUGAAGAUGUCCAAGGAGAGAUCCACCUAAGUCUGCAGCUCCCAGAAGGCACAAAAAAGACCAUUCUGCGUUGCCAAGUAAUUGAAGCCAGAGACCUGGCUCCGAGGGACAUUUCUGGAACCUCUGAUCCUUUUGCAAGAGUUAUUUUCAACAACCGCAGUGCUGAGACUUCGAUUAUUAAAAGGACCCGUUUUCCUCACUGGGGAGAAACCUUGGAGCUGGAGUUGGAUUCGGAAGGGCUGAGCGGGCAGCAGGGGACUGUUACUGUGGAGGUUUGGGACUGGGACAUGGUGGGCAAGAAUGACUUUCUAGGAAAGGUGGAAAUCCCCUUUUCUUGUUUGCACAAAACACCUCUGUUGGAGGGCUGGUUUCGUUUGUUACCAUUGGGCAACAAUGAGGUUGAUGUGGGGGGAAAGCUGGGUGCGUUGCGCCUGAAGGUGCGUUUGGUGGAAGAUCGGAUCUUGCCGUCGAUGUACUACCAGCCCCUCAUUGACCUUCUGGUCGAGUCGGUAAUCUCCCCCGCAGAGGUGGAGGACAGCAGUGCUCUGACCAUGCUUGAGGAGGUCACCACUGUCGAGAGCAGGCAGGAUGUUGCAAUGACUCUAGUGAAGAUCUAUCUUGGACAAGGCCUGGUGGUGCCUUUCCUUGAUUACCUAAACACCCGAGAGGUCAACCACACCACGGAUCCAAAUACAUUAUUUCGCUCCAACUCACUUGCCUCCAAAGCCAUGGAACAAUUCAUGAAGGCUGUCGGGAUGUUGUAUCUGCAUGAGGUGUUGAAACCCAUCAUCAACCGCAUCUUUGAUGAGAGGAAGUACAUUGAGCUGGACCCGUGUAAGAUCGACCUGAACCGCUCCAGACGUAUUUCGUUUAAGGGUGCAGUGUCUGAGGCAGAGGUGCGGGACAGCAGCGCAGAGAUGCUCCAAGGUUAUUUAACCAGCAUCAUCGAGUCAAUCGUGAGCUCUGUCGAUCAAUGUCCUUCUGUCAUGAGAGUGGCCUUCAAACAGCUCCACAAGAGAGUCGAGGAGCAAUUUACUGAGCCUGAGAAUGAGGAUGUGAAGUACCUGGCCAUCAGUGGAUUCUUCUUCCUGCGUUUUUUUGCACCUGCUAUUCUCACGCCUAAACUGUUCCACUUGAGAGACCAGCACGCUGACACACGCACCAGCAGAACUCUGCUACUGCUGGCCAAGGCUCUCCAAAGUGUUGGGAACCUGGGCCUUCAGCUUGGUCAUGGAAAAGAGCAGUGGAUGGCACCCCUUCAUCCCAUCAUCCUGCGCAGUGUGGCUUGUGUCAAGGAUUUCCUGGACAAGCUGAUUGACAUUGAUCACGACGUUGUGUUGGAGGUGCCUCAGAGGGCCAUACUCCUGCCUUCAGUUAUAGUGAAGGAAGGUUAUCUCCACAAACACAAAGCAGAGGGAACGCAGCUGCUCUCCCGCUUUGCCUUCAAGAAACGCUACUUCUGGCUGACCAGUGAAACCUUGUCCUAUGCCAAGACUUCUGAAUGGCAGGUGCGCUCUUCAAUCCCCAUUCGGUGUGUAUGUGCCAUUGAGAGGGUGGAUGAGAAUGCCUUUCAGCAACAAAAUGUAAUGCAGGUCAUCAGCCAGAACAAUGACGGACAGCUGCAGACCAUGUACAUCCAGUGCAAGAAUGUGAAUGAGCUGAACCAGUGGUUGUCUGCAAUCAGGAAAGUCAGCAUAUACAACGAGCGCAUGCUACCAUCCUUUCACCCAGGGGCUCAUCGCAGUGGCAAGUGGACCUGCUGCCUGCAGGCGGAACGCACUGUUCCAGGCUGCAGCAGAACUCAUUCAGCUGUGACUCUUGGAGACUGGAGUGACCCACUGGAUCCUGAUGUAGAAACUCAGAUGAUAUUCAAGCAGCUUCUCCAGGGCAGAGACAAACUCAGGAAAAAGUAUUUGGAGAUGCCUGACGAUGAUCAGAUGAGCAAUAAGGAAAUAAGGAUCAACUCUGAUGUUAGUCCAGAUGGAGCAGAAUCCAUCCCUCAGCUUAUGAAGCCAGGUCAAAGUGUGGCUGCUCGGCUGUUGGUGGUGAUUGAGGAUCUGGAGCAGGCUCACGUCACCUUCCAGCACAGAGAAAAAGAGGACACCCCCAGUGUCAUUCUCAAUCCCUAGACUGCUCAUGGCCUUGGAUUUAUUAAUGCCUAAAAGGCAGUAAUCGUGCUGCAGGAGGUGGGCUACUAGUAUGAAUGAGUAUGAGCUACCAUCUUUCUUAAAAGGUUUCCACACGGCGAAGCCUUUUUAAUACAAUUCCUGAGGGUUGUACAGAGGAUUUUAUCACUUUCUCUGAGUGCCACAAAGAGUGCUGAGUGGAGACUACAAUACUUGACAAUGAAAGGUGGGCAAAGGACUUUGAAGCAUGAUCUGACUUAAUAUUUUUCUGUAGAUAACAAGCAAUCUGUUGCAUGGGCUGCAUCCACUUGUUAAAUGCAAAGAUAAGCUUUUAUAUUCUGAGACACUACAGACAUUUGUGAAAAAUGCUUCAUGUAGUGUAAUCCUCAGUAUCUGGAAACUGAGUGUUUUCAAAUUAUUACUUUCAGUGUUUUUACUUCCUUGUUAGAGUUGGCCUCAAUGUAGCAGUGACAUCAUUUCCACAGGUUAUUGCACCAUGAGUACAUGCCAUAAAAAGCUGCCACCAGUUCAGUUACUGAAAUACUAAUUUACUCUUUUUGUUUGGUGCUACAGCAAGCCAACUGUAAAAUUAGUUCCCAAUGCGAUUUGCAUUCUAGAAAAAUUUCCAUGCACUUGUUGUAGCCAGGCCUAAAGUCGUAUGGGUAAUAUUUACUCUGCUUGUAAGUGUCAAGACAUGUUUGAAAUGCCAACUUACAGUUUUUGUAAAGCCAAGUGAAUAGUAAAUUAGCAAAACAUUCAAAUGAAAAAACAAUUUAGCUUAAAACCCACACAGAAAAUGUAUAAUAUACACACCAUCAAUCCAAAGUGGUCAAAGUGCAAAAAGCCACAUGAGUAAAAGAUAAAUAAAAAAUAAUAAAGCAUUAUUCAUUUUUAUUUAAAUUUGUUUAUUUAAAAAAAAGGCAAGCUGAAUGCGAGCUGCACCAUUCCGGGACUCUUUUCAGAGAAACCUUUUGGGGACGGCCCCAAUGAGGUUUUUUCUGACCUAAAAUAUGCAUUUCCUGGCCUUUCCUGAAGCUCUGACCAAUCAGGCCAUUCUAAUUUAAAUAGUAAACCUUAUUACAUUUUGUUUGAGCACUAUAGAAAUUCUUGUAGGGCCCAACAAUAAGCUGAUGCUUUCUCUGAAUUUAUUUAAAAACUAAACAAAA